AUAAUUUGUCAUUUUCAGCUGAUUUCUGUUUUGAUCUUGACAAUUGUUAUUGUUAUUAUGGAAUAGCCAGUUAAUGGAUAUAAAAAGAAUUAAUUUAAGACCAUUUUAAGACUAACUGAAAAAUGAACGAACUGGAAGGGAGUUUGUGGUGUUAUCUACCAUAUCCUGCUUUAUAUAAAAUAUUCCAGCAUCUUACAUACAAGGACUUGCUGUCUGCUGGUGAAGUUUGUAAACUUUGGUUCGAAGCAAGUAGAAAUGAUCUGCUAUGGAGAGAUUUAUUCUACAAAAAUUUUUUGGUGGAUAGAUCAGUUCCAGUCGUUGCAGGGAAAAGUUGGUACGAAGAAUUUAAACGCCUUUGUUAUAAAGUACCAGUUGUUCAGACAGAAACGUUAACAGAACAUAGUCAUCAAGUGUUACAUGUUAGUUUUUCUCAUAAUGGACGGUAUUUUGCUACUUGUUCCAAAGAUGGUUACGUGACUGUCUGGCAUUCAAAUUAUCCAGCUACUGUAAAAUAUAGCAAAAAUAUGAAACAUUUUAAAUGGAAAUAUACUCAGUACUCUCAAUUUAAUGAAACUGAUACUUUGCUUCUUGUAUCAGGAGUUCAUUUUGGCACAACACAUAGUACAUCUGGAGAAAUUGCAGUUUUUAGUUUAGAUGGCUUUGAGCUUCAAUGUAGAGUUGUUAAUAAGCCUUACGACAUUUUUGGUACCUGGUACAGUGACCAAUACCUUUUGUCGGGAGAUUUACACUGGUUGGCUCAUUUAGUUAGCACAUCCCACUUAUGGCUAACUAGAGCAUCUCAAGAGACAGAUUCUGAGCUGACGCCUAUAACACAUUGCUUGUUUCGAUUUUACAAUAGAAAUGCAAGUUCUAUAAGAGCAAUUAUGGUAGCCAAUUGUUUAUCAAAUGCAGAAAAUGUAAGUUUAGAUGAAAAUGAAUAUGCUGGAGUUCCUGUGGACCAGGGGGUUAUAUUCGAACAUGGAAACCCAGUGAGUCAUAGAGAUAUGAACAAUGUUCCAACAUGCAGCAAAUCAGUUUUUGAUGAAAUCCCAAUUGUAAAUGCAAUGAGAGCCAACAAUGACUUUGCCAAUCCAAUUUGGUAUAACUCAGAGUAUCGUAAAGUUGAAUUUGAACAAAGCGAACAAGCUUGUGAUGAUAGUGAUUAUGAAAUGGAUCAAGAUGAUAAUAAAGAUGAAGGCUUUGAUGAUGAUGACCAUUCUACGUCCAGUGAUGAAACUGAUUCUUUGAAUGAUAAAUAUUUGAUAUUUACUACAGGAAACAAAACAUAUACCCCUCAUCAAAUAGGAUUUAAGAGGAUAAAACCAUUUGUAUUUCCUAAGAAAAUGGAUCCAGGUCCAUCUCUAAAAGAAAGAUUGGUGUUAUUGGAGCAGCGUAAGGAACAAAAGAGGUCAGGAAGUCCUCCACAAGAUUCUGCCUGGUUUGAGAAAUUUGCUGAAAAAUUUGAUAAACCUGAUCAUCUUAUUGAUUUGCAUGGACAUAUUGUUGGAAUGGGACUUAGUCCAGACCAUAGAUAUCUAUAUGUAAACAGUAGAUCCUGGCCGGAAAAUUAUGUCAUCACCAAUCCCUUAGACCCCCCACCAAUAGCUCAAGAAAUUGACAUUCAUGUCAUCGAUUUGGUGACGUUCAAACAAGUUGGUACAAUGCUAAGGGCUCAUAAAGCUUAUACACCAAACAAUGAGUGCUUUUUUAUCUUUUUGGAUGUGUGCAAUGAAUAUGUAGCCAGUGGUGCCGAAGACAAUCACGGCUAUCUCUGGGACCGCCAUUAUGGAGUUUGUUUAGCCAAGUUCCCCCAUCAAGACGUCGUAAAUUCCGUCGCGUUCAAUCCCAAAGAUCCGGAAAUGCUGGUCACCACAUCUGACGAUUUUCACAUAAAAAUUUGGCGAUCUAGGUUCAAAGUUAAAGAAUUAGGUUUAGAUAUUAACAAUUUUGAGGUCGGAGUUGAACUAAGGAAGGAAGCUAAAAAGAGGAAAAGUUAUAAGAGUGAAGUCGUACCGUUUUCACAGCACAGAUCUAGGUAAUAGGUUCGCUAUAAAGCUUUAUAUAGACAUAUAUACAAUUUAAGUAGAUAAUCUAAUAUAUAAAAAAAUGACACCAAUUUUUUGGACGCUUUAGCAAUCAUUUUUAUCCGUUUAAAAUUAAUUAGAAAAAUAUCCAGUGCUUAGAGAGUAAAAUUAUUUAAAAUCUGUAGCUCUGUCCAUAUUAACGUUUUACAACCACGUCGAAGUGAAUCCAUAUCUGUCAUGCAAUGUAAUAAUAGAUAUACAGGGUGAGCGGAGUUACUUCACAGUGUCCAUUAACAAAAAAUAAUUUUGGUAUAUUUAUGUUCAAAAUAUUCUUUGCAUAUGCAAAUAAUGGGUUUAGGUGUAAAAAAAUAGUGGGGUGUUAAUGUGCACCGAUUUUGCCGGUGUGUGUGCGAGCGUUCUUACUCCCUUGGUAAGAAAAAAUACUGGUUUUUAUUUAUUUUACGAAAAAUUAUUGACAAAUUAAUAUUCUUAAAGCUUCAUUCUGAACCUCGCAAUUAGUAGAAUAAAUUAGUGGUUUCAAUUAGCGUAGAAGUU